AAAAGUACUGCCUUUUAAUCGGAUAAGUCGACACUUUGAGAAAUGCGUUUUUAAAAUGUAAAAAGAUAAUUUUUUUUGAUUUUGUUUAGUGCGGUGUUAGCAGUUAACAGUGAAAUCUACCUUACCUACAAUGUUGCAGGAGAUUAUUUCCAAAUGGAGGUACAAACAAUAUUUGUACUGCAUCGCUGCAUUGGUAUCGAUUGCUGCCUCCGAUAUUCAUGCAUCAUGGACUUCCCCAUUUAUCCCUCAACUGAAAUCUGAUAAUUCCCCCAUAGGCGUUAAAUUAACUACCAUGGAAGUUUCUCUAGUUGUGAGUCUUUUUAUAUUUGGUUACUUUCUGGGCAGCGCUCUUACAAUACAUGCACCUGAUAUUUUUGGUAGGAAAAUAUUAUUUAUUAUUGGAGCGGUGUUAAAUUUAAUCUCCUGGAUUUUUAUAUUCUUUGCUUCUGGUCCGAUUACUUUAUAUUUUGGAAGGACUGUUGCUGGAAUGGGAGCAGUCAUUUGUAGGCAUAUUUCGUCAAUGUAUAUUGGAGAAAUUUCGGACAACGACAACAGAGGUACAAUGGGCUAUUUGAAUGUCCUUUUAGGUGCUUGUGGAUCGGUUGUGGGACUAGUAAUAGGUCCAUACGUGUCGUACAAGACUUUUGCGAUUAUAGCAAUGUGUAUCGUUAUAUUUGCAAUUGUGUGUCUUCUAUUGAUUCCUGAAACGCCCUAUUUUCUCAUUAAAAAACACAAUUAUGAACACGCCGAAAAAGUAAUAUGGAAACUGGCGAGCAGUUCUUCUGAUAAAGAGUUUGUGAAAAAGAAACUGGAGGAAAUCACUGAAUCUGUACAGAAAGAUAUGCUAAAUAAAUCAUCAAUUAAUGAACUUCUUUGCAGUGGAAAAUAUGUAAAAUGUUUGCUGCUCCAUGUUGGUUUAGCUUUUGUGUAUUACAUGUCGGGUAGCACGAUCAUAAAAUCCUAUUUGCAGACAAUACUCAACGCAAGUGAAAGCACAAUUUCAUCCAAUCUUUCAAGUUUGAUUUUCGGAAUAGCGAACGUUGUUGCUGUAUUUUUUUCUGGUUAUGUUGUGGAUCGACUGGGAAGGAAACCUCUUUUACUUACUUCCUGUAUCGUCUGUGCGGCUUGUAUGUUUAUUCUCGGUGUGUACUUUUACAUUAACGAAACCAAAUCUUUUGAUAUGAAAGUUGUAACGUGGUUACCAUUGACCAGUCUAGUCGUCUAUGAGAUUUUCAUAGCCGUUGGUAUUAAUCCUAUACCGCAAGUCGUUGUUUCCGAACUUUAUCCGAUGAAUGUCAAAGGCAUAGCGAUAGGGACGGUUGGAGCUCUACUGACUCCUAUCGCUUUACUUAUUCAAAUGGCAUACGAACCUUUAAACAAUUAUUGGGGAUUGUACAGUACUUUUUGGAUGUUCUGCUCAUGCUGCGUUUUUGGUAUUUUCAUUACCAUAUUCUUCCUACCCGAAACAAAAGGAAAAUCUUUUCAACAAAUACAAAUGGAAAUCAAUAAGAAGAAAGUGAAGAUGGCUGAAACGACAAUUAAUCAUAUUUAAUAACAUUAAUUUCGCAAAUUUUAACAUCGUCACUAUAUUUUUGUAUAU